AUGCCUGUCGUAUCUUCCUUUGUAGCGGCGGUGCUACUGGGCGGUGCACCAAUUCUAUUGGAUGCGGUGUCCGUGGAGAGCCGCGCUCACGAGGGAAGAAACGGCAGUACUUUGUCUUCUCCGGAGCAGGACUAUUCAGACCCCGUCGCUUCGGCCUCGAAAAGCACAGCGCUGUCGUCCAGCAGCUCUGGAACGGGUAGCAGUGACACUACACGGCCUGCCCACUCGUGGUGGCAGGACCUCUGUGGCAACCGUGCAUACGGUCGCUGCUUCCUCACGUACGCCACGUCCAUUGUUUGCGUCGGGGUUCUUCUUCUGGCAGUAGGUUCGUGGUGUCUCAGGAGGUGGUGGCGCUACUGCACGCGUUGGCUGAGCAGGUGGCGGCGCUUUGUAGAUGAUGCGUCCGAUGCGGAAAACGACAGUGCAGUGAGAUCUGGAGAUGCAGUGGUGUCUCGCCGUGGGCUCCUCUCAGGCCACCAGCUCGACUCGCAGGACGUUCCGGACGAUGAGAGGGCAGGGCGCCGUGCGGCAGAAAGCGACCGUGCUCUUGGUACUUUCUUUCACGCUGAUAGCUGUAUUGUGGAGGGAGCGCGCUUGUGGGGAGCGAGGCGGCAGACACCAGUCGGGCUCUUUUACAUGUCGACUCAGCCAACAGACUCGACCGAGGAGCGAAGGCGCACGGAUUCGAUCGCAGUGGACGCUGGCGAGGGGGCGACUGACAAUCCAAGAGAUUCCCGGAAUCUAUCACGGGACGCUGAUCGCACGCCGUCAGCCUCGCCACGCGCUUCCGCUUCGCUGUCGCACAUGCAGGAAGUGUUGUGCCUCGCUACCGCUAUCACCGACUCCUCCGACACCGGCGAUGACCGCGGCGAUCACAGAGGUGUGAGCAGUUGUGAAAGCAGCAUGCGUGAUCGGCGCUGCUCGUGCGAGAGCGACCGCGGCGGUGAAGCUCACGCGGAAGUCGAGCGUCCCGCGCUCCGCGGCGCCGCGGCGGACGAACGCGGGUCUCCCCUCCACAUCAGGGGCGACAUACUGACACACCUGAUCCACUUCAACAGCUCCUUUGACGCCGAGGACCAACUGCUUACCAGUGAUUGCAGGAACAAUGCCAGUGCCAGUCAGCAGCCCCGCGGCGGCCUCGCUGCCAUGACUCGCUCGACAGCGUCCGAUGCGAGCGUCGAGUCGUCGUCGCACACGCCUCCGCCACCGGCGCAUUUGGCCGAGUUAUCGCGUCGCAGCUCAGCAUCGUGUGUGUGUCUGUUUGGCGCGGACGCCUUCCACGACACUCCCUGUGCGCGCGUCGCACUCCCGCACGUUGGCACCGCUAUCUUCGACGCUGGAAUGACACAUCACGCCGACCAGACCAUCGCUGACGGUCUGUUUGACACAGGCUGCUUCCCGCCUACCGAGCCCUCUAGCGAAGCCCUCUGCACCACGGUGGAGUCGUACAUUAGCGAGGUGGAGUAUUUAGCGCUACCGUCUGAGCACGAAAGCACGGCUGCGCCAUCCCCUGUGCCUAACGCGGCCUUGCAUGUGCCUUUCACUAGCCUGACGAAGACGGCGCUACCAGCCACGGACGCGCUCAGUGACAGGCUUGACAUGGUGGAGGAGAAGUCGAUGGAGGAGGGGACGGACGGCGCGGCUCUUAGCCGGAACUGCGUCCCUACCCCACAGCUGCGGCACUUGCCGGCCGCUAAGCCGCCGAAGUCCCUGAGAAAACGCAGGUCAGAGAGGUACUGUGAGCCAUGGCAGCCAGUCCUUGCCCCUUGUAAGACACUUCCUCUUGCCGCGGCGGCUGUUGUGACGACCCUUUCACCGUUGUCGCCGCCGAGCUCGUUAUUGUGCAAUCGUGUUCAACGAAGCCCCGGCCCCAACGCACUCGAGGACGAUCUCGACGACCUGAUGCUUGCCGACGAGGUGAGCAGCGCUCAGAGCAACACGACCGGCAACGGCUCUCGCGUCUUCACUGACUCAAGCCUGAUCACAUCUCGUGCUCUCACACCAAGUGCGGAGUCUGAACAGGAGAUGGCGGCCACACCAUUGGUGAUGACAGUGGCCCACUGUAGCGACGCUAACGUCUGCUUGGAUCUCGAGCCCAAGACGCCGCUCGUGAGCGUCAACAACCCUCAACCACCAGCAUCGCCCCCUAUUGCCAUGUACCCUCGUACGGCCGGUUCUGCUCGAACGCUUAUGGGCAAAAGCGACGAGGGCUCUCAUGGGCAGUUUGCUUGGUCGCCACCUGUCGAUGGUCCACGGCCAGCACUGAACCUUUCCGUCGAGGAGCGGACGUUGUUGUUGAAGAGCAAGAAAUGGUUGUUUCCGCUUAUUGACGGUGCAGACGAAAUCGAGUAG